AUGGCGUCCCCGGCGCUGGCGGCGGCGCUGGCGGCGGCGGCGGCGGCAGCGGCGGGCCCCAACGCGAGCGGCGCCGGCGACGGGGGCAACGGCAGGGUCGCCAACGGCUCGGGGGCCCCCUGGGGACCGCCCCCGGGCCAGUACUCGGCGGGCGCCGUGGCGGGGCUGGCGGCCGUGGUGGGCUUCCUCAUCGUCUUCACCGUAGUGGGCAACGUGCUGGUGGUGAUCGCCGUGCUGACCAGCCGCGCGCUGCGCGCGCCGCAGAACCUGUUCCUGGUGUCGCUGGCUUCUGCUGACAUUCUGGUGGCCACGCUGGUCAUGCCCUUCUCGCUAGCCAACGAGCUCAUGGCCUACUGGUACUUCGGGCAGGUGUGGUGCGGCGUGUACCUGGCGCUAGACGUCCUCUUCUGCACCUCGUCCAUCGUGCACCUGUGCGCCAUCAGCCUGGACCGCUACUGGUCCGUGACCCAGGCCGUCGAGUACAACCUGAAGCGCACGCCGCGCCGCGUCAAGGCCACCAUCGUGGCCGUGUGGCUCAUCUCGGCCGUCAUCUCCUUCCCGCCGCUCGUCUCGCUCUACCGCCAGCCCGACGGCGCCGCCUACCCGCAGUGUGGUCUCAACGACGAGACCUGGUACAUCCUGUCUUCCUGCAUCGGCUCCUUCUUCGCUCCCUGCCUCAUCAUGGGCCUGGUCUAUGCGCGCAUCUACCGGGUGGCCAAGCUGCGUACGCGCACGCUCAGCGAAAAGCGCGAGCCCGCGGGCCCCGACGGCGCGUCCCCGACCACGGAGAACGGGCUGGGCGCCGGCGAGAACGGGCACUGCGUGCCCGCGCGCCGCCCGCGCGCCGAAGUGGAGCCGGAGGACAGCAGCGCGGCGGCCGAGAGACGGCGGCGCCGGGGCGCGCUGCGUCGGGGCGGGCGGCGGCGCGGGGCCGGCGAGGGGGCCGCCGACGCCGAGGGCGCGGGCGCCGGGGUGGUGACGGCCGAGCCGGGCGCGCUGGCCGCCGCGAGGUCCCCAGGCCCCGGCGGACGCCUGUCCCGCGCCAGCUCGCGCUCCGUCGAGUUCUUCCUGUCGCGCCGGCGCCGGGCGCGCAGCAGCGUGUGCCGCCGCAAGGUGGCCCAGGCGCGGGAGAAGCGCUUCACCUUCGUGCUGGCGGUGGUCAUGGGCGUGUUCGUGAUUUGCUGGUUCCCCUUCUUCUUCACCUACAGCCUGUACGGCAUCUGCCGCGAAGCCUGCCAGGUGCCCGGCCCGCUCUUCAAGUUCUUCUUCUGGAUUGGCUACUGCAACAGCUCGCUCAACCCGGUCAUCUACACCGUCUUCAACCAGGACUUCCGGCGCUCUUUCAAGCACAUCCUCUUCAGACGGAGGAGAAGGGGCUUCAGGCAGUGA